CUCCGUCUCCGCCUCCGCCUCCGCCUCCGGAUCUGACGAAAACGAACUCUCCGGCGAAAAACUCCGACUCGACUAUCCAAGCGACGAUCUCUUCUUCAGAGGCCACUCAUCGCUUCUCUUCACUCCGAGCACGAAACCUCUUCUCCCUUCGUCGAUCCUCAAACCCGCCGCCAGGUUUCGAGUCUUCAUGCUCCGGUUCAAGAAAUCGAAGUCGCUUCAUCUCGAUUCCCCUCAAUCCUCACCAAACCACAAUAAAAAGUUCCCAGUGAAAUUUAAGCUGGAUGAAGUCCCCAUCGUCUCUCUCUUCACUAAAGAAAACAGCUCUUCUAGAAGCUCAACCCGAUCCUCUAAGCUCUACGCUGAAGAAUCGAUUCAGUCGCCGGCGCCGACCUCCGAUGAGAAAAAGAACCCGAAGGAUGUGAUCCACAGGUACCUCAACAAGAUCAAACCGCUGUACGAUCGCGCGUCGAAGCGGAACAGCGCUAAGCCUCGGUUCUCCGGUGAUCCGCCGAAGAGCGCGCAUUCUUCGGGCUUGAGGAUCGUUUCGAGGAGGCUGAGGAAGAGUAGAUCGGCGUCGGCGUCGGUGGCCGCGGUCAGGUCACCUCCGAGGCGGCGGGAGGAGUCGGUGAUUGUGGAGGAGGAUGGGAUCCAGAGCGCCAUCGCUCACUGCAAGCGCUCCUUCAGUUCGGGUUGUGAUUUGGGUCUGGUGCGGUCGAGGAGCGAUCCCGGCACCGAGCGAUGUGAUUAAUCGAGGAGAAACUACGUAGAAGCGGGAAAAGCUGUUCUUUUUUUUUUCUUCUUCUUUUGAUCACGAGACCUGUAAUUAAACCCAUCAUUUCGCAAAUAUUAUAUUCUGUUAUCUCUCAA